CUGAAAAAAAAUCUUGAAUGUUGAGAUUUCCCGCCCGCGUGAGUGCCAGUUGCAACUUGGAUGUUGAUCGAAGCGGGCGUACUCUAAAUGUACCAAGCAACGCGUGAAAUAAUUAAUAGAAUUCGUGAAUAAAAUGUUCGUUAGAUUUAUUUAAUCAGUAAAUAUGGUGUAAUAAAUAGUAAUGUGUUAGGAAAACAAUGAAAUGUUUUUAUAAGUUAAUUAAGUGAUCGCUAAUAGGACAAUGUUAAGACAGUUUCGAUUAAGAUGAUUUGUGUUUAGUGUUAAUUGACUAGUCAAUAUGAUGAUGUUUAGAGGAUUAUCGGUGUGGACUGUCGUCCUAGUUUUAAUUGACAGCCGGCAGGCUUCGGGCCAUGCGAUGAGUGAGAGCGUAUCGGCGGUGCUGCACCAGACCAACAUCACGCGUCUCACCGCCAAGGCCAUCCACGCAGCCGGCUACCACCUGCGCAGGAUAGAGCAUCUAUCAAUAAUGGAUGCGCCGAAACUGGAGCACAUAGCUGUCGAAGAUCUGACAAAGAUGCCUUAUCUCAAAUCAUUAUUCAUAACUCAAGCGCCGCGGCUGCAUAGAGUGGCGCCGUUACCGUCUCUCCCAGAGCUGCGCACAUUCAUCAUCACAACGUCUGGCCUGUUGGAGGUGCCGAACCUAAGUCACGUGCACGACAACAAGAAGGAUAGCAACUCACUCGCCUAUCUGCAAGCCAUAGACUUGGAAGGUAACCACAUAAGGCGCCUGCCGCCGCACGCACUGCGCGUGCGCGCCGAUCAAGUGUCCCUAAAUUACAAUUUGUUAGAAGAGGUGCCAGCAUUCGCAUUCAAAAAUGCACAGAUCUCAAAAUUGAGCUUCAGAGGAAACACGAAACUAAAACAUAUAGAUGAUAAUGCCUUUGCAGCUAACUUACUCUUAAGACAAUUAGAUUUAAGUAACACCGCUAUUACCUCACUGCCCACCGAGGGCCUCCAGAACUUAGAAACACUUCGGAUAGAGAAGACACCGUCGCUCAAAUACAUACCUUCCAUAUACGAGUUCCAGAGGCUUCAGAAAGCGUACCUGACUCACCACUUCCACUGCUGCGCGUUCCGGUUCCCCGAGAGACACAACCCCACUCGGCACAAACUCUACGAGACGCAAAUAGCCCUCAUGCAAGCUAAAUGCCAGCAGAAAUCAGAAGAAGAUCGAAAGCGGCGGUCUUUGGAACCCAUCAAGGUUUAUACCGUCCCGCAGAAUAUUAAUGAUUCGUUGGAGGACGACGUCUCCACAGCCACGACAAGUGACGAGUACGACGGUAACAUAAUGGAUGAGUACUUCUCGGACUCCGGCAGCUGGGAGGACGAUGAGGACCAGGGCCAGUUCCACGACCCUGUCAACAAUACGCUGCGGAUCGGAUCCAUAUCCGCCGAGUGCGGGAACUUUAGCAUCAGCCCCAGAAAAGUGGAAUGUACGCCGGCACCAGAUGCUCUGAACCCUUGUGAAGAUGUGAUGGGCUGGUCGUGGCUACGAGCCAGCGUGUGGUUCGUGAUCGCCGCGGCUGUGGUCGGCAACGUGGCUGUUCUGCUCGUGCUCCUCACCAACCACACCGAGCUGACCGUCCCGAGGUUCCUGAUGUGCCACCUCGCUUUUUCCGACCUCUGCACAGGAAUCUACCUCUUCAUGUUAGCUGUAGUAGACCUCAGGUCCUACGGGGAGUUCUUCAACUACGCGUACGACUGGCAGUACGGCGCCGGUUGCAAGAUCGCCGGCUUUCUAUCAGUAUUCUCAGGCCAGUUAUCAGUCAUUACCCUAACUAUAGUCACGUUGGAGCGCUGGUUCGCGAUAACGUAUGCAAUUUACUUGGAGCGAAGAAUUUCUUUAUCAGCCGCUUCGAAGAUUAUGAUCGGCGGCUGGUUGUAUUCGUUUUUGAUGGCUGGUUUGCCGCUGGCCGGCGUGUCAGACUAUUCGUCUACCUCAAUAUGUUUACCGGUGGAGAGUAAGGAUGUGGGCGAUGCGGUGUAUCAGGGGUCGAUAUUCUUAGUGAGUGCGUUAGCCUGGGUCACGAUAGUGGGCUGCUACGUGCAGAUAUAUAGAUCUCUGGGUGGUGGAGAAAACUAUGGCAGGAGAGGGGCAGCGGCGGCUGCAGAACGACGGAUAGCAAACAAGAUGGCGCUCCUAAUCGGAACUGACUUGCUGUGCUGGGCGCCGGUCGCGUUCUUCGGAGUAACAGCUUUAGCUGGAGCGCCACUAGUCGACGUCAGUCACGGGAAAGUGCUCCUAGUAUUCUUCUACCCGCUAAACGCUUGUGCCAACCCAUUCUUAUACGCAAUUUUGACAAAACAGUAUCGAAGAGAUUUGAUGACAUUGAUAGCCCGGACAGGACAUUGUAAUUGGUUGGUUGAGAAGUAUAAGUUGGCGACGACGCCGCCGCCGACGGCCCACACCAACCCGUCCGCGCCGGCGCAGCUCAUGCCGCUCGUGGACUCCGUCACGUACCAGCGGAGUCAGUCGGGACAGUCACAGUGCAAGGACACCAGUGAAGUGCCCCUUUAAGUGUUUACGUUUAAGAUGACAUUAUUAUACGAAUAUUUAUUUAUA